UCCGCCCGCUUCGGUUUGUUUGAUUCUGUCUACUCCCUGCUAUUCUGUCACCAUGUUCACGGGUCUUGUUGAGAAGAUUGGAACGGUCUCGUCCCUCGAGCCCCUCGAUACCUCGUCAAGCGGGGGCGGGGGAACAUCGCUGACCAUUACCGAUUGUGAGGAGAUCCUCGUCGAUGCGCAUCUCGGCGAUAGCAUAGCUGUCAAUGGAACAUGCCUCACGGUCACGGCCUUCGAUAAGACAUGGUUCAAGGUGGGCGUCGCGCCGGAGACCCUGCGGCGCACGAACCUGGGCACCCUGCAGACGGGGUCGAAGGUGAACCUGGAGCGGGCGGUGCUGGGCGAGACGCGGAUGGGCGGGCACUUCGUGCAGGGCCACGUCGACACGAUCGCGCAGAUCCUGUCCGUCACGCCGGACAGCAACGCGCUCGUGUUCCGCUUCCAGCCGCGCGACCAGGGGGUCAUGCGCUACAUCGUCGAGAAGGGCUACGUCACGCUGGACGGCGCCAGCCUGACGGUCACCAAGGUCGUGGACGGCGCCGAGGGCUACUUCGAGGUCAUGCUCAUCGCCUACACCCAGGAGAAGAUCGUCACGGCGGCCAAGACGCCCGGCGACUACGUCAACGUCGAGAUCGAUAUCGUGGGCAAGUACGUCGAGAAGAGCGUGCAGGCGUACUUUGCUGGUUCGGCUGCGUCGGCGGGGGCUGAUUUCAGCAUGCUGGAGAAGAUGGUGUCUCGCAUCGUGGAUGAGAAGUUGAAGCGGUGAUUUUUCUCGGUGAUAUGAAUGUACAAAAAGGAAAACAAAAAGUAUCUAGUGAAUCGAUG